AUGGAAUUUGCAAAACCAUCUGAACCACACAGAGAUCGUUUGUCGUACUUUGACAUGUCUCCUUUGGGGAAGCAGUGUGAUGCCACCGAUGUCGAAUUGAUAGCACAUGAGAAGAUCACACAACAAGACUUCGACCAGAUCUGGAGAUGGAACAGAGUCGCUGUACAACCAAUUGAACGUUGCGUGCAUGAGAUAUUCGAAGAAAGGGCACAAGAGCAGCCUAACGCAUUAGCUAUCUGUUCCUGGGAUGGGGAGAUCCUGUACGGUGAACUGAACCAGUUUGCUACGAGAUUAGCGAUUUGGCUCAAGAUCCACAGGGUUGGAUCUGGCGUGCUGGUGCCUCUGCUCUUUCACAAAUCGAUGUGGACGACGGUUGCCAUGCUCGGGGUGCUCAAGGCUGGAGGGGGGUUCGUGCUACUUGACCCUUCGCUGCCAGAACAUCGUCUGCAGGGCAUUGUUCAACAAGUCAAAGCAGACCUAAUUCUGUCUUCUGUCUCCAAUACAGGCCUGGGCUCACGAUUGGCUCGGGAUGUGAUGACUGUAGAUCGGGAUGUCUUAAUGAGACUCAACGAUCAAGGGAGCGGACAGCUCCCCUCUGUUUCCUGUUCCUCGGUCAUGUGCCUGAACUUCACUUCCGGCAGCACGGGGACUCCGAAAGGGGCUCUUCUGACCCAUCGCAACUACGCAUCGGCCCUAUACCAUCAGGCAAAAUGUCUUGGGUUCACAACCGAGUCCAGAAUCUACGACUUUUCCUCGUAUAGCUUUGAUGCAUCAGUUGGCCAAACGUUUACGGCUCUCGCAGCAGGUGCCUGCUUAUGUGUACCGAGGGAACAAGAUCGGGAGAACAACUUGGCCCAAAGCAUAACAUCUCUGCGCGCAAAUGUUGUUGCCCUGACACCCUCCGUUGCCCGACUGCUGCACCCGAAUGAUACGCCUACACUUCAGUCACUGCUCUUCAUUGGUGAGCGCCUUUGUUCAAAAGAUAUUGAACGCUGGUGGGGCAAAGUACGAGUUCUGAACAUAUAUGGACCAUCGGAGUGUACCCCAUACAGCGUCAUAAAAAGCCAUGCGUCUUGUCCACAAGAAGCUACUCGAAUCGGCACUGGCGUUGGAGUCGUUACAUGGGUCGUUCAGCCAGAAAACCAUGAUCAUCUGCUUCCGAUCGGUGAGACCGGGGAGCUCCUUCUAGAAGGGCCGCUUGUUGGCGAAGGGUACUUGAAUGAGCCCGAAAAGACAGCAAUGGCAUUUAUUCACUCGCCAACGUGGCUAAAGCAAGGAGCUCCAGGGAUUCCAGGAAGAUGUGGAACAUCGCUAUACAAAACUGGAGACCUUGUUCAUUAUAAUGAGGAUGGAACCCUGACAUAUGUUGGUCGCAAGGAUACACAAGUCAAGAUCCAUGGACAACGAGCGGAGCUUGCGGAGAUUGAACACUACUUGCAUGAGCAUAUCCCUGGAGCAAAGCAGAUCGUGGCUGAAAAUAUCAUGUCGGAAGGAGAGAGUUCGGGCCCGGUUUUAGCUGCUUUCGUUCAAAGAUUCGAGAUUUGGAGGGAGGCGGGGGAACUGGAACCGGUCCGCGUGGUAAAGAUGCUUGAUAUCCCCGAUAAAGUCAAAGACAAACUAUACCAGUAUCUGCCAGGUUAUAUGGUACCCACCAUAUUCUUUUCUGUGAGGGAGUUUCCCUUGACAGUAACAACGAAGCUUGACCGAAGAAGACUGCGCGAAAUUGGCACUUCUUGUUUUCAGGAAUACAUGAAAAAACACUCUCAAGACGCGAAGCCGAGCCCGCAAUCAGGCGUCGGACUGGAGUUACAGAGAAUAUUGGGCCGGGCCUUGAGCAUUGACCCGGACUCAGUGGGACUUGAAGAUAAUUUCUUUCGACUAGGAGGGGACUCAAUCACAGCAAUGCGAGUCGUGUCUGAGGCUCAAAAGGCUGAAAUUCAGCUCACAGUUUCGGACAUUUUCCAGUGCCCUACACUUAGCAGCCUGAGCAGCCGGUGCCACAUUGUGGUUGAAAAAGCCCCGGAAAUCAUUCCUCCUUACAGUCUUUUUGACGACGGCCCCAACAAGGACUCACUUCUUCAAGAGAUUGGAGCUCAGUAUGAGCUGAAUCCUGCCGCAAUGGAGGACGCAUACCCGUGCACUCCUCUACAAGAAGGUUUCCUAUCGCUUUCAUCCAACCGUCAGGGAGAAUAUAUGAUACAGCUCACCCUGGAGCUACGGCCGACCAUCGAAAUCUCAGAUUUCUAUCAGGCGUGGGGGAACAUGACCCGCAAUGUGCCAAUCUUGCGUACCAGAAUUGUGUACCACAACAGCUUAGGCCACUUGCAGUUGGUACUGAACGAGGAAAUUCAAUGGGGCCAUGCAAAGGGACUCGACCGGUUUAUCCAAGAAGACCGCAAAAUCCCAAUGGAUCUGGGGAAGUCUCUUGCACGCUAUACCUUAGUUACGGAUACAUCAAGCAAACGUCGAUGGUUUGUGUGGACGCUGCACCACGCGGUGUACGAUGGGUGGUCAUUGCCGCUUAUGAUAGAUAUGGUGAAUCAAGCAUACCGAGGGAUCCCGAUAAAACCACCAAAAUGCGAGUUCAAAUCAUUCGUCAAGUAUAUUGGGGAGCAGGACAAUCAAAGGACGGAGGAAUACUGGCGCAAAACCUUUGCGGAUUGUGACUGCAUCCCGUUUCCGAGCCUUCCAUCCUAUGUGCCUUGUCCUGUAGCCGACAGUACGAUAAUGCAUCAAAUUCCAUGGCUCAGUACCCGGUCAGGCGAUGUGACAACCUCAACGCUUGUGCGUGCUGCCUGGGCUUUGUUAACUAGCUGCAUGACAAACUCGGACAAUGUCGUUUUCGGUGUUACUACAUCAGGACGCAGUGCACCUUUGCGCGGUAUCGACGAGAUCAUAGGCCCAACAAUUGCAACAGUCCCAUUUUACAUCAAGACAAUACGAUCCCAGCGAGCUUUGGACUAUCUCGCCGGUGUGCAGCAGCAAGCCACAGAAAUGACCCCUUUCGAGCAGUUUGGCUUACAUCGAAUUGCUAAAACAUCCCCCGAGGCUCAGCAAUCAUGCAUGUUUCAGACAUUGCUUAUGAUUCAACCAGGAGAAAGUGACCACGCUGAGGAUACGCUUGGGGAGUGGGAAGAAAAUCAUGAGCCCGAGUGGGUCAAUACAUUCGCACUGUCGCUUGAAGUGAAGAUUGGUAUGAAUAUGGUCAAUGCGAGAUUCGAUUCGAAGGUGAUCAAACCAUGGGUUGUUCAAACAUUGCUGCACGGUCUUGAAUUUGUAAUGAAGCAACUCGACAACGCAGGAUUUGAGCACACUAUAGCGGACAUCGAGUUUGUCACCCCCGAGAGCCUUGAACAAAUAUGGGAUUGGAAUCGUAUCGUUCCAACACCUGUAAAAACACGGGUCCACGAUAUGAUUGAGAAAUCAGUUCAGAACCAGCCGCUGGCAAUGGCUAUAUCUUCCUGGGAUGGUCAGCUCACAUACGGCGAGCUGGACCGACUGGCCACGGCAUUAGCGGACCAUCUUGUCAAAUUUGGGGUUGGUCCACAGCUACUAGGACCAGAUAUUCUUGUGCCACUUUGUUUUGAGAAGUCCAAGUGGGCAGUUGUAUCCAUGCUUGGUGUUCUCAAGGCAGGCGCGGGUUUCGUGCUGCUCGACCCUUCGCUUCCUGAGCCCCGACUAAAAUCGAUAGUCGGGACAGUGGGCGCCAAGUUGCUGCUAUCAUCCCAUGCCAACCUGGACUUGAGUACUAGGCUAUCGGAGAUGGUAGUUCAAAUUGGCCCUGAUCUAUCGCAUCUACCAGAUCCCGCCUCGUUCAAUGCUAUGAGUGCUGCGACACAAGCUCGGCCAUCCGCGAGGACAAUGUAUGCAGUUUUUACUUCCGGCAGCACCGGAGCGCCUAAGGGUGUUUUGGUGUCGCAUGAAAGUUUCUGCUCUGCGGUAGAACACCAAUUAAAGAUUUUGGGCUUCAACAGAGAGUCCCGGGUGUUGGAUUUCGCAUCCUAUGCUUUCGAUGCCGCGGUCCACAAUGCUAUGGCGACACUCGUCGCUGGAGGAUGUCUUUGCAUUCCCUCUGAGAAAGGCCGAAAAGAUAACAUUGGCAACAUCAUGGCCACCAUGCGGCCUACAAUUGCCAAUCUAACCCCAACAGUUGCACGUCUGCUAGAUCCAGGGGCAGUGCACGACCUGAAGAAAUUGAUUUUACUUGGCGAACCUGUGACCACCCGAGACGCUGAGCGAUGGCGGUCGUAUAAGGUCGACCUUGUCAAUGCCUAUGGACCUGCUGAGUGCACACCAAUCAGUACGAUCAAUGCACAUAUAUCAAACGCAGAGGAGGCCAGUCGAAUAGGCAAGGGCGUGGGCUUGGUAACUUGGAUUGUGAGUCCAGAGGACCAUAAUCAAUUGUUGCUACCAGGGUGUACUGGUGAAUUACUUCUUGAAGGCCCGCUUGUUGGUGAUGGGUAUAUGAGAAACCCAGAAAGGACUGCGGAAGUGUUUGUCGAGAGUCCUCGCUGGCUACUCAAAGGCUCACUUACCCAAUCUGGACGUCAUGGUCGCCUUUAUAAAACAGGUGAUCUGGUACAAUACAACGAAGAUGGAAGCUUGACUUUCAUGUGCCGCAAGGACACUCAAGUCAAGAUUAGAGGGCAGCGCUUUGAGCUUGAAGAAGUCGAACAUCAUAUUCUGGCCUGCUUGCCACCAGAACGAAGCUUGGUUGCAACCGAAAUUGUGCUUCCUGAGGGCGAGAGUCAUCUUAAACCGGUGUCGGUGGCCUUCAUCCAGGUCGGCCGGAAGGGCACAAAGAUUGAGGAGGAAACACCUUUUGCGUACAAACAGCACCCCAUGGCCACUGAUAUCAAGAAGAAACUGGCACUUCAAUUGCCAAGUUACAUGAUACCGACAGUGUUUUUUGCCGUGCCUGAUAUUCCGCUCACUGUGACGGGGAAGACGGACCGGAGACGACUUCGUCACAUGGGCCAGGAACUUCUCUCAGUUAAGGGAAAACAAGAGUAUUGCACCCCUGAACAGUCUUUUGCAAAUGAAACCAUUCGCGAUAGUCCGAUAUUAGAGACUGAGCAGCCAGCGCACAUAUUGGCUCAGAAGAUAUAUUCCAUGCGUCCUUCAUGGAGUCAGCACAAUCCCUCAUUCAGAACAGACGAAUCACAGAGCCAAAGAAUUGAGUUGAGCGAUAUCUUCCUGCACUCUUCUGGGCUUGACUCAGUCAACAUGAUGGAAUUGGCAUCAUUCAUUUCACAGAAGUUUCACGUUCAAGUCGGGAUGCAAUACUUGAUGGCCAAAGCAACCACCAUCAGAGAUCUGGCCCAAUAUGUAACCGAGGCGCAGGAUCAUAAAGGUCGCCCCAUCGGAGGAGUUUCAACUCAUGCCAAUCUCAUAACUGAGAUCAACCGACAUGACACUAGGGUGUUGACUGCCCAGCGAGAACUCGCCGGCCAUGAGAACAUCACUCACAAUAAUUCACUGAUGAACAAAGAUACGGAAUCUUCGACGGUGUUUUUGACCGGCGCCACCGGGUUUAUUGGUACCCAAAUCCUACGCCAACUUCUCGAAGACUGCCGUGUUAGUCGCGUUAUUUGCCUUGUACGGGGUGAAACGGAUGAUGCAGCCAGGCACCGCGCCAUCGAAAAGGCCGUACAAGCGCUAUGGUGGACCACUCAUCAUGCGGAGAAACUAGAGGUCUGGCGGGGAGACUUGUCACUGCCACAUCUGGGACUUGAUCCAACACGCUGGAAUGCUCUCUCUAGUGGUCAAGCGGUGAAUUCAAUCAUUCACAGCGGUGCCACGGUACACUGGACAAAGAAUUAUCAAGUCCUAGAUGCCGCAAAUGUCGGCUCAACUAUAGAGCUGGUACUGCUCACCUUGGGUCUCCCUUGCAUGAGAUUCCUUUAUAUCACAGGUGGGCGGCAAUGGGACCCUCACGAAGAGCUGGAUGUCGUGAAGGAACUUUCAGUGCCCGAUGCCAUCCCUUAUAGCCAGACCAAGUUUGUUGCUGAAGUUGUGGUGAGGCGCGCGGCACGACGUAGACUAUCGGGAAGCGACCGUCUCGCUGUUAUGAACCCUGGCUGGGUCAUCGGCACACCAACUGAAGGGUUCUCGAACGCCGAGGACUAUAUUUGGCGGCUGGUGGCAGCGUGCAUUAGAAUAGGGGCGUACAACGUUACCGAGGCGGAUGGAUGGCUUUCCAUAACUGACGUUACAACUACGGCGACGGCGGUUAUUGAUGCAGCAUCGAGCACAGAGAUGAAAUCGGAUUACGAGAAGCAUACCACGGACGGCAUGACGUGGAGGGAAUUUUGGACAAUCAUAGCGGAUUUAGGCUACAGACUGAAGGCCAAGAGCGAGGCAGAAUGGCUAAGUCUGGUGCGUGCCGAUAUUGAUACAACACGGAACAAGCAUCCCCUGUGGCCACUAGCACAUCUGGUGGAGACCUUGCAGAACGAUGAGCGAGUGGCGGGCAGUUCGCUGGAGAAGCGAGGUAUCACCCCAUUGCAAUUGAGAACGGCUGUGAGCAGGAGUGCCAAGUAUCUCAUCAGCGUCGGACUUCUGCCCAGACCUGCAGAAAAGCGCGAAAUGGCAGCUAUAUAG